UGGUUGGUCCGCCAUAAUCAUUCGUGUGGGUCUGUGCUUGUGUGGUUUGGGUGUCUUACCGGUGCCAACCAUUAUUUUUAAUUAGUAAUAAGUUAUGCGUAUGAAUCCAGACAUGGACGAUGACGAGAAGGGAAAACUGUUCGUGGGUGGUUUAUCAUGGGAAACGUCGCAAGAGAACCUGCAGCGCUACUUUUCGCGCUACGGUGACGUGAUCGACUGCGUGGUCAUGAAGAACAGCGAGUCCGGACGCUCCAGGGGUUUCGGCUUCGUCACCUUCGCGGAGCCCUCGCUGGUCAACGUGGUGUUGCAGAACGGGCCGCAUCAGCUCGAUGGCAGGACAAUCGAUCCCAAGCCGUGCAAUCCGCGGACGCUGCAGAAGCCGAAGCGCGGAGGCGGCUACCCGAAGGUGUUCCUGGGCGGGCUACCUUCCAAUAUUACUGAAACCGACUUGCGUGUCUUCUUUGGCCGCUAUGGGAAGGUCAUGGAGGUCGUCAUCAUGUAUGACCAGGAGAAGAAGAAGUCUAGAGGCUUCGGAUUCUUGUCGUUCGAGGACGAAAUUUCCGUUGAGAGGGUGACUCAAGAACACUUCAUCAACCUCAAUGGGAAACAGGUUGAGAUUAAGCGCGCCGAGCCACGCGACGGUUCCGGCAAGCUCGGUUCUGGCGGAGGUGGCAUGGGCGGCGGCAUGGGCGGAGCGCCCGGGGACGCGCCCGCCGCCGGCCAGUGGGGCCCGCCGCAGGCCGCGCCCAUGAACAUCAUCCAGGGCCACAACGGACAGAUGGGCGGGCCGCCCAUCAACAUGCCCAUGGCAGGACCGAACAUCAUGCAGGGAUACCAAGGCUGGGGCACGUCGGCGGGGCAGACGUCGUACGCCGGCUACGGCGCGGCGGGCGGAGCGGGCGGGCCCGGCAACUACCAGGGCUGGGGCGCGCCGCCCGCGCCGCAGGCGCCGCCGCACGCGCCCGCCUGGCCCGCCACCAACAACUACACGCAGCACGCGCAGCCGCCGGCGCAGGGCUACGGCAGCUACGCUAACUACAGCUCAGCCCCGGCGGGCGCGUCUGCGGGCGGCAGUUGGACUAACUGGAGCAUGCCGCAGAACUCCAACUCGACUGGCUCCGGCUCGUACGUGCCGCUGUCGGAGGGAGGAGAAAUGUACGGGCGCGGGGGCGGAGGCGCCGCGGGCGGAGCUCAGCCGGCACUGGCCGGGGCGCUGUCGUCAGCCGCUCUCUCGAAGAGCUCAUCAGCGGACUACUCAACCUACCAGCAGUACCCGCCCGCGUACCAGCAGGACCAGGGCUCGUCGUACGGCGGCGGCGGGUCUCGGUACGGCGCCGGCGGGGAGUACCACUCAGGAGCCGCGCAGCCGCCAGGUGAUGAUUAUGAAUACACUGGGGCAUCAGGAGAUGGGUAUCAGCGCUCGUCCAAACGGAGCAACCACGGCUCUUCAAGCGGCACCGCAUCUGCAUCAUCUUACCAUCCCUAUCGACGUUAGUGAGUGAGUUUACCUCCUCGCGGCACAUGCUGUUCUGGUACCUCGUACAUCUUCAGCGGUCCUUUACAUCAACUUACUAUCGACGGUGCGAGUGAGUUUACCUCUUCAACGCUACUGUUACCCUGGUACCUCAUUCGUACACAAUAGUGUAUUUCCUUUGAUAAGAUUUUAACAAAAAAUAAUAUUCCUUACAGAUUAAUUUGUUUAAGAAAUUUUACGCCUCUUUAUCACCGAACUUGUGAUUGAUGUUAAAGUUUGGCGCUAUGAGCACAGUGGCUUUAGCUCAAGUUGUUCUAGAGUGCUAUAAAUAUACAAUAAUACAAUGAGAGACUAUAAUUUUUAAACAAAAAAUUUGCCCAUAAAUGUUUCUAUGAAACAAUAUUUUUAGAACUUUUUAACGAAAAUAGUAAUUAAGGGACCACCUUUACAAAACCCCAUUCGAUGUCUAUGAUUCAUGAAAUAAGAAUAUUUGGUAAAAACAGAAACACUACCAUCAUCCGACGAAGUUACGUGUUGCAGGUUGCUAAGUAGUAGGUUUCUGAUUAUGAAAUACUACGAUUUCCCUUGGCUAAACCUAAAUCGGGAGGGGUUUUGUAUUCGUGCCUGUCCGAAUAUAUUCGUCCUCUACCAGUUAUCCCAAUUUUUAUCAGCGUAUGUCUAAGCAGUGCUGACUCUUUGUUGACUUUGGACUUUUGUAAGUUUGAAAAGGGAUGGAUUAUCGAUAUUUGAAUAUACUUGUAAAAUAUUAUCUUUUCUAUGUACGCAAUCAUUGAGUUUGUAAAUGUGUUAUUUUAUUGCGGUUUCGAGUCUAUAAGAAACGUUUGGUUAGAUUGAACGUACAGCUAGGUAUCCGCUGUGUUCGCGAAAUCAUAGAUGGCGCUUGGCCUCGCAAGCACCGCGUGAAAUAUUCAGGAGUUUGUCUUUUCGGACAGUUGAUAACGGAGCUGCGGCCAAAUAUCCCCUUUCCAACACACCAGUAAAAUCUUGACAACUCGUGUUGCCGAAACUCGCAGUGUGGUUGAGCAUUGCUCUACUCCCUCUCAAAAGAUAGGAGGCAUGCCCAUUGCCCAGCUACGGGAAAAAUGUGUUAUAUGUAGUGGAUACCCCAAUUAACUUGAUACUUUAUUACUAUCAUGGUAACACAAACUUGAAUUUUAAGAGAUUUCCACCUUUGCAAUUAAUUAUUAUUACAAUAUAAAAUAGUGUUAAAGAAUCUGCCUAAUAUAAUAAUAUUGAGUUGAGUAGUUUUGAAACUGUUUCUUAUAAACUUUUCUCCGCAUAAUUAAGUUGGUAGAUUAGAUUUUUUGUCUUAUUCUUAGACUUAUUCUUUUUUUAUACAUUUGUUUCAAUUGAUUUGAAACCUUUCAAAUUAUUAGUUGUAACUAACGUUUGGGAGGUAAUGUUCUAUAUUACGAAGACCGUUUAACUUUCUCAUUUAAUUUUGUAGGGGUGUUACAUUCAUUAAGAAUUUUCAAGUCUCGGAAAUAAAAGUCCACAACAUACGUGGUCAGGCAUAAUUUUUUUUCACCCUUGAGAAAUAAACUUAUUGUUUUGGUGUAGCUACUCAAGAUUGGAAUCUAUAACUCUAAAGUAAGGUGUAUGCUAUUUAGAUUUAUAUACACACAAAUGCGCCUCUUAUCAUACUGAACUAGUACAUCAGAGACUAAACGGUCUUCGUGAGAUAGACUGGAUCUAUCUCUAAGAUGAUGCAUUUUUGCAUGAAAUAUUGUAUACCUCUUAAUUUCGUAACAUUAGCAUUUCAACUAAUUGUAAUUUAUAUCUAUCUAACAUAAUGACUGAUUGUAAGUUUCGAAUAAACCUACAAAUGCAUUGUAUACCCUGCGAGGCGUAUAUUUAAAUUGACGAGUGUGUAUUCUUCAAAAUAAAAUACUUCAGCACCUAGCUAUUUCUAACCACUUCGAUGGUUACAGUUUUAUAGUAUAAGACCGUUGCUGUUUUCAAAGUUUUUAUACACAGCGGCCGGCGUGUAAGGGGUCAUCCGUAAAUAAUGUCACGCAAACAUCAUGAUUGUUAGCUCUCUCCUGAUGUGACGUUAUAAAUUUAAGAGAUUUGAAGAGACUUUAAUAUUUUAGUCUGGAGCCUGGAUCACCCACUAUCCACCAUGUUAUUUCCUAAAUGACCGCACCUUAACAAAUCAAUAGCUGGAGCUAGCCUCAAUAAAAAUAAGUAUCUGAGACCAAAUCUUCUGGGUUAACAGGAUUCAAUCUUCAGAGGAAUCAUUCUUCAGAGGGAAGAGUUUAAUAAGUUUUAAUAAUGUAGUUUUAUACGCACUUCUGACUCGUCCUUCCGUACACUUCGAUACCUAAAGAUGUAUUAAUCAUGUAGAGCAAGCAUCAACUGAACUAAGUAUUAUAUGCCAUAAAAUUUUCUGGGUUAUCAGGCUUCCGAAUUAAACUGAAGGUUUCAAAUACUUUCGAAUGAUUUAGAAGAGCUGGUAGUUAUAAGUUUAAAUACUUUAGCUUUAUAUACAUCUCGAAGCUUUAUGACUCCAUCCGCCCUCACACAUUGAUUUCACCCAACCCCUUUAACGUGUGACGUAUUUUAUAGGUGGCCCCUAAAGAAGUAUCGCAUCGAAAAAAACAACAUUUUUGUUUAUGAGGAAUGAAGUUCAUACUGUAAUAGUCACCACAUAACUAGGACAACACUGUUACAUAAUAUGUAUCAGCGUCACUAUUAAUGUUGUCCAAGGUCGUUUGCUAAUUUUCGACCAAACACAGGGUUUGAUGAUUUCAGGCAGACUUGUGAUUGGUCGUAAGUAGCUCGGUGCACGCCACUUCUGGCUGGAUGUGUUGGCUUGACCAACGCGUUACUUCCUCGAGCUUUUAUCUCGCCACCAAAAUGACCUACAGAUUGAUACCUUCUAGCUGAAGCAAGUUCUAGUUAAGUGGUGCAAAAUAAAAUGUGUUGCGAAGUGAGACGGCAUUAACGCAAUAUCCACUGCAAACAAGCUAAGCUAAACUACAAAAACCCAUUGGUGCCACUCUAUUGUAGAUACAUACAACCUAAACUAAACAAGUAAGUAUAAAAAUAGUGCUAUCUUUUUCUUUAUUAAACCUUGUGGAAAGGUCAGCACUAUUUGUACACCUGUCUAUUUAGUUCAGGUUGUAGACUAUUGCACAAAUAUUAUAAUUUACGACUGGUGUACAACAGAAUUGGCUCAUUGGCAGAAAAAAUGUCCCCAAAAAUGAACACACCUGGAGCGCAAUACCUAUUUAGCUUUUCAUUAACAAAAGGGUUUUUUCCCACUUUAUUUUUUAUACGUUUUCACUAUGAACCGGGUAUUUCGGGUCAUUUCUACUUUUUCAUAAACAUUCACAGUAAGAUUACUACUUUUCCAUGUGCCGUGUUUCUUCCUUAGUCUUGUAUCUAUUAGAUCAGUACGAAGAUACAAAUAGUACAAGCUUGGCUUCGUUUUCGGUGCAUAAUGCUCAUGCCUUUAUAAUAGUUUGUAAGAUCGCCACAGAAAUCAUGUCCUAAACAGUAUUCAUAUAACAUAAUAAAAUAACUAGAAUACCUAUUCGCUCAAUAAAAUGUCCUAUAUAGUAAAACUAAUUAAAAUAAUAUUUUUUAUUGUAAUGAACUCUGCCGUUGAUAUUAUUAGGUUCACAUAACUACAAGGCAAUCGGCAGUACCCAGUUCACAUAUCAGCAAAUUAAUAGGUAUCUCAUAUCGCACAUUUUUGCACUAAUAAAGUUAUAUUAUAAUGAUGUGUUGUAUAUGAUAAGCCCCAAAUAUGUUGAUGCGAAUUGACGCUGUUAAACGGAAAGGAUCCAAUCAACAUUGAGAAGUUUUGAAAUGUAUGGCCAUAAAAAUAAAUGUAGCUUAACUUCGCAAUAGUGAAGCAGUAUUUUGGGGUUAAGGCACAGCGCAAAGCACACAAGUUAAACUUGGAGCGCGAAGACAUUGUCUAUUCACUCUGGUUGUGCUUAACUCACGUGGCUGGUAAGAAAACCUGAUGCCAAAUGAGAUUUACUGGAUGGUUCGGAUCGAGCAUUGUACCAGAGAUAAUAAGUUGAAACGGGAAACUGGAACAUUUCGGUUUCCUAUUUGCCGAAUUACUUCCUGAAAUGUACAUUUCUGUGUCGUCAUAUGUAGAUAACAAUUUAUUCAUUUAUUCAAGAGUUGCUAUAUUUUCUGUGCCGUCAUAUGUAACAAAUCAUGUGUGAGAUAUGUGCGUUAUGUACCUAAUUUAUAAGUUAUUGAAAAGGCCGUUGCAUACACAGACUCGCUAUAUUGCGAUAUGAUCGCAAUUUGCAAUGAAACUUCUUCCAAAACCUCUCAUAUUUACCUGUGUCGAAUGUUCUACGCCUCUGAAGACCUAAUAUUGGCACCGUUAAACGUGAUGGGAACAUGGGCGAUAAUAUAAAAAAUCAGUGUACAAACGUUCUUUAGUGUUAAAUUAUGGUUAUCCUUCUGUCGUACUUUGAGUAUUCCGCAUUGAAAACACAUUCUGUUUCCUCAUUUGACAAAUAUGUAUUUCUGUCCAUUUUUAAUAAAUAUGCUUAUAAUUUAAGUUUUAUUUGAACUCAAAAAGACUGGCUUUUAUAAACUACCCUCUCUUGAGAUAAAUAACCAAAUUUUACCUUAGUACCUACCUAACUAUAAAAUGUUAUCAUAGAGAACGCAAUAGAUAUAUUUUUAUAAUAAGAUAUUAAAUAUACCUUAUUUAAUUUUUGAAGCAUUUAAAAAAUAUUUAAACUUGGUAACGCGAUUUUUAAUAUGUAAAAAUAAUGUACUAAAAUACUAAGACAUCAGUUAAGUACAAUGAAGAAUUAGUUCAGGUGAGAAAUAAAUCAAUGUAUUGAAUCAUAUAAUUAUUUGUAGCACGUAACAGUUGUAAUAUAAAAUAGAAUAGAGAUGUACGUUGUAUUUUUAUAACAAGGAGACUGUCCAUUGCCGCGUUGUUAGUUUUCCUCCCACAUAACAAACAAAUAACAAUACACACAUACCAUCAUAGAAAUAACCCUCGACGUUUAUUGUCGUGGGGAGGUUACGUCGGACUACCGAAUAAAACCCCCUGGGUUCUGACACUGAUCUAGUUCUGCUCUAUUGUGAUACCUAUGUAAUGUUAUGUGCAACCACGGCAUCCAAAUGUAGCCUUUUCAGGAAAAUGGUUACAAUUUUUUUUUAUCUUAUCUGCGGCAUGACCUAACUAAAACUGAAUUCAAAUCAGUUCAUCUGUUCAAGCGUUACGAUUACAGACAUAAUGACAGAGAUGUAAAAUUACAAUUCAGGGUUUGAUUAGAGCCAUUGGCUCUAAUCAAGUGCUUUGAGCCGCAGACCGUUUUCUAUGCUGAUGCUGCAUUAAAAGGUUUUUAAU